AUGACAGCCCAAGGGAUCCGAACCCGUCUCCCCACCCCCGCCAGUCUUCCCUUCCCACCAAUUUUGAAAACCCGAACAAAACCCGCCAAGACCCUCCACGCGCUCUCUUUAAAGACCGGCGUCUUUCCCCACCCCAUCCCCGCUCCCACCCUCUUCCUCUCCCACCCCUCCUCCCUCGCCUUCCUCCUCUCCGCCUUCUCCCGCCGCGGCUUCCCCUCCCUCGCCCUCCGCGCCUUCGCCCUCGCCCACCGCCUCCCCCUCCCCCUCGACUCCUACGCCCUCUCCGCCGCCAUCUCCUCCUCCAAAUCCCCUCCCCACGCCGCGCAAAUCCACGCCUGCGCCGCCAAGUCCGGCUGGGCCUCCAGCGUCUUCGUCGGCGGCGCCCUCGUCGACCUGUACGUUAGACUAGGUUCUGUCCGCCACGCUCGUCAGAUGUUCGACGAAAUUCCACUUAAGAACACCGUGUGCGCGAACGCGCUCCUCGCCGGGUACGUCGAGAGCCGGAGCUGGGACGAGAGCCUUUCGUUCGUGGGUCAGAUGAAUGAGCUGGGUUUGGAGGCCGACGGGUUCACGUUGUCGUCCGUCUUGAGGAUUUGCGCCGAAUUGGCCGCUGUCAAUCUGGGCGCGCAGGCGCACGCGUAUUUGAUUCGUAAGGUCGAGAAUGCGGAAGAGGAUGCGUUCCUCUUCAGCGCGUUGGUCGAGAUGUACGGCAAGUGCGGCCUCGUGGGUAAGGCCCGGCUCAUUUUCGAAUCCGCCCGGAAGGAGGUGAGGAGGAGAGACGUCGUUUUGUGGACGUCGAUGCUUAAUGCCUACGGCCGGAACGGGCGGUUUGAUGACGUGAUAAGGGCUUUCGAAGAGAUGCUGGUUGAAGGGAUCGAGCCGGAUGAGAUAGCCUUGCUAGUGGUCCUCUCGGCGUGCGCUCGCUCGGGCCAAGUCCUCAAAGGGCUCUCGCUCUUUGAAUCAAUGAGGAAAGGUUACGGAAUGGUUCCUGGGCCUGAGCACUACGGUUGUGUUGUCGAUAUGCUUUGUAAAGCGGGAGAGUUGGGAAAAGCAUGGGACUUUGCUAAUGAGAUGGUAUUGGAUAAAGGCGGAGACGGUGGUGGUGUCACCGUGUGGGUUUCCUUGCUUAGCGCCUGUAGGGAAUUCGGAAAUGUCGAGAUCGGGAAGGUCGCUGCUAAGAAGGCUCUCGAAUUGGAACCUGAUAAUGUGGGUAUUUACGUCGAGUUGUCGAAUUUGUAUGCGACGGUUGGUAUGUGGGAUGAGAUUGAAGAGCUAAGAGUGUUGAUGAAGGGGAAAGGAUUGGAGAAAGAUUUGGCAUUUAGCAGGUUGGAACAUGUCAAAUAG